AGAAAUAACAUAAUAAAAUAAAAGUGUAAUUAAACAACAACUAAGUUUUAGAUAUUAGAUAUAUUGUUUUUUUUACAUUUAAUUACAUUUUAAAUGGAGAAUGUUUACAAUUAGUUUCAAACAUGGUUAAUGAGCAUUGUUAUAUUUUCAUGAAAAUGUAGAACUCCUUUUUAAAAUGACAUUAAUCACCUAAAUCUGCAGAAACUGACUGCUGGGUUUGCAACUAAUAUAUUUUGGAAUAUAUGAUGUAUACAUGCAAAUUAGUACACCAUCAAUAUGUUUACCCGUGAAAUGAAAGUGAAAGUAAAAAAACUAAAGUUUGAAGAAGAAGAAGAAGAAGAAAUGGCAUAGUUUUAGUUACCUAUUUGUCAGCAGUUGUUGCUUCCCCGGCUCGGUUCCGUUGGGCCUGGACCCGCGGUGGGAGGAGUCGCGUCUCCAAGUGGGGCCAGCAGGACCGGGGGUGUCCUCGGAGGACUUGCGGGGGCUCCUAUAAAGACUUGCUGCUUGCGCGCCGCACAUCAUGCUGAUGACCAGGAUGAUGACGAUGGACUUCAUGGAGGACAAGUUCGGGCUGAAGAACCAGGCCAUGAAGGCCGGGGACUACUUCGCGGAGCCGGUCAUGGAGAGCCUGGACGGCGGGGGCUACUUCUCCAAGUCUCCCCCGAAAUGCGCGCAGGCCUUCGGGCUGACGGAGCACCGCGGCUCGCCUCGCGGAGACCCGCACGGCGGCUACGGCGCGGCUAAAGCCGGGGAGGAGGGCGGCGGCUGCGCGGCGGAGGAGGACCGGGGCGACAACAAGGUGACGAGCAGCAAGAAGCGGCGGCACAGGACCACCUUCUCCACGGCGCAGCUGGACGAGCUGGAGAAGGUCUUCCAGAAGACGCACUACCCGGACGUCUACGUGCGGGAGCAGCUGGCCACCAGGACGGAGCUGACCGAGGCCAGGGUGCAGGUGUGGUUCCAGAACCGAAGAGCCAAGUGGAGGAAGAGAGAACGUUACGGACAAAUCCAACAAGCCAAAAGUCACUUUGCGGCCAGCUACGAUCUCGCCGUGUUGCCUCGCAGCGACAGCUACACACAGAUCCCAAACAACUUGUGGUCCAGUCCGCCUUCCGCCGGCUCCGUGGUCUCGCCCUGCAUGCUCCCCCGAGGCUCGCCCCCCUGCGUGGCCUCCUACUCGCCCCGCUCGGCCUCGGGCGCCGCCGACCACGGCUACUUCCAGAACCAGCAGAGCCAGUUGGGCCACGUCUCCUUCUUCGGCGCCGACCCCCUUCUCACGCCGGCCCCCAACCACCACCACCACCACCACCACCACACCUUCGAGACCAAGCCCGAGUUGGAGCGGCGCUCGUCCAGCAUCGCCGUGCUGCGCAUGAAGGCCAAGGAGCACGCCGCCAACAUCUCCUGGGCCAUGUGAUCCCGGCUUCUAGAACUUUGGGGUGACUCCGCUUCAUAAUGCUGCUGGUCUUUGGAGGCGGAACCCCUCACCCCCCCUCACUGCUCCUGUCAAUUAAAACCAAACUAAUCCGUGCCAUCAGGAGCAAAAUGUUGGACGAUGUGGACUUUGAAGCUCCAGUUAGCGGACAUUCUGCUGUCCUUCAUUUGGAUCCACCACUGUAGUGUUUUUUUUUUAUUUGAAUAAACACCGCCACUUAUCUUCCUUCUGGACCGGACUGGCGUCUUCUUGUGCUUUGCAGCAAAGUUCUGGUCCUGGCAGGUCCACAUGAGGGUCCGUGUUCGCGCUGAGAAGGACGUUGUUUCUGUAAAUAGUGAAUAAAAUCCCUUCAUCCUUUCAUGUGGGCCAUUGUUACUUCCGCCAGGGGGCAGAAAUAACUUCAUCAAGAACAUUUCACUGUAGAAGUUUGUACUGCAGCCCAUUUAGGCAGCAGACCUGUUAGACCAAAUAAAUAAUCACAAUCAGACUUGAAGAAACAUUCAAUUCCUCCAUAGUUGCAAUAUUCUUGAUAUUGACAAGAUUUAUGCUGAUUAAAAAUGACCAAAGUUGUCUUUCUUCUCAGUACAAUUCAUUUUUAUUUUAAAAAAAAUAAGGAGUCAACCCCAUUAAAACAGAUUCUGCUGCUUUUUGUGUUCAACCAAAAAAUA